UGGCCAUCCUAGACUAUGGCCGGGUCCAAGCCAGGCAAGGACGUCGUUUGGCUGAGUCAGUCAGAAGUCGGGCUUAUCGAUAGCAUGUGCAGUGGACCAGUGUGACCAGGGUUCCACAGCCCACCUGGACCGCCGCUGCGCCGCUGCUUCCCGCGUGGGUAACCUAGGACUCAAAGAUGCCCCUCGCCGCUUACUUUUCUAUUCCUCGUCAGCACGCCUCAACGACCCAGCCUCCUGACCAACAUCCCAAGGUCCACGCGCGUUCGCCCCCCGGGAAUUUCGAACCCCUUUGACAACCUUUACAGCCAGACAAGCAAGAUGGGUGGUGCCGACAGACAAGGCGGUAAGGCCAAGCCACUCAAGGCGGCCAAGAAGGCUACCAAGGAGCUCGACGACGAGGACAAGGCCUUCCUCGAGAAGAAGAAGGCUGAGGAGAAGGCGAGGAAGGAACUGGCUGCAAAGGCGGGCGGAAAAGGACCACUCAACACUGGCGGGCAAGGGAUUAAGAAAAGCGGCAAGAAAUAAAGCGUUCACCGCGUUCAACAUGGUCUCCGGGACCCAGGAACGAGAGCCACGUUCACGACGAGCACACGACAGGGAGCAAGGCUGAAAUUCAGGGAGCAUAGCGGGCAAGGUCUUCAAGAGGUGCAGCUGCCGUCGGAUCUCCCAUAGGAGGCUAUUCUACAUGAGAAUAUCCUUCUGGAAGGUGUCCACGAGAGAACUCCCGCAGUUUUGGUACCCUCGGGGCUGCUGACUGCAGGACUCUUCCUACACCUGGGCAGCGAGAGCGCCGCUUGCAGAACUGGAACUACAUGACUUCUAGUACGAGAAAUAAUUAUUCUGGUUGGAAACUGUCUCCCUCGCAGCCUGCUCGAUGGAGUAAUAUGGAUCGGACUAUAAAAGCCAGGUCUAUCUCGUCGCCGCUGCCUGGGGUUGGGGGCCUUUGAGUCCCAACGAGGGCAACGCGUCACGUGUAGGAUUACGGUACCACCACCGCACCUUAAGAAAUGAUAACAUAUCAUAGCAGCGUCCCUGUGGCUCAACUAAUUGCUAUCCAUGUACCUAGGUAAUCACACCUAGGAGGCUCCUCUAUAGAACGUUAGUCUGCGGGAGGGUGUCCCACAGUAGGGUGUCUUAUAAGAGAGUGUCUUAUAGAAGGCUAAGAGACAAAUACCCGAGCAGGGCUGUAGACUUUACACACCAUACUGGUAUUUCGUAUUCUCGGCUCCUCAUAUAAAUGAAUACUGUUGCUGCGUCACAGCGGUCCACCAAAAAAA